AUGUUGUUUUCGACACUGCUGCUAUUGCAUUUGGGAUUUUUCUUUCUAUGGGGCUUGCAGCUCAUGUUGGCUGGGGCUUCUCCUCUAGUCAAGAGAAGAGCUGCGUCGUCUGAGGACAUGAAAGCCAGUGUCUUCAAUCCCAAUUUGAAUUUGUUUAAUACUGAUCCCUUUGAGGGCAUUGACAUGAACCAAAAUAAAUUUCGUUAUUCCAAAUUGCCCCCUAUAUUGUCAAGUCCAAACGCAACUCAAAGAACAAUCAAACCUGGCGAAAUUCCGAGCUAUGUGCUAGAGUAUUGUCCAUUUGUUCAUUUAUACUCAGAAGAGAGAUACCUUCCCUACGAUGUUAAUGAGUUUGUUUCGAACUUCCAUUUAACGUUUUUCAAUGGCACAAACCUAACAGACCACGAUAAACUAAACGGAAGCCCAUUGACGUUGAAAGAGUUGGCGAAUUACGCAAAAUUAUCCCAAGUCGAAGAGGUCUAUUUAACUUCCAAUGAAGAUUUCAGUAAAGAUCCAAAGUGGCUAACUGGCUUGAAAAACAAACCAUCGUUAGAAACUGGCUUGAUCAAAAAUGCCCCUGCUAUACUAAUAGUAGUAGAUAAAGGCAAUGGAUGGUUAGACUCGUUUUGGUUUUAUUUCUAUAGUUUCAACUUGGGUCCUUUUGUAAUGGGCCAUGGUCCCUAUGGUAAUCAUGUUGGUGAUUGGGAACACUCUUUGGUUCGUUUUUACAACAAAAAGCCAAUGCUAUUAUGGAUGUCUUCUCAUGGUGGUGGCGAUGGUUACAUAUUCAAUGCUAUUGAAAAAUUUAACCAUUAUCCAAACAAAUUGCAAAAAAACAGAAGACGUCAAAAGGAAAAUAAAACCUACGAUCCAAGAAAUAAAAGACCUAUCAUCUUCAGCGCAAGAGGCACCCAUGCCAAUUACGCUUCUGUGGGCCAGCAUGCUCACGACAUUCCUUAUUCCAUAUUGAGUGACUUUACUGACAGAGGCCCAUUAUGGGAUCCUUCAUUAAACUUCUUGGGCUACACAUAUGAUUCUAAUGACAAUCUAACUCCUCAAAAUGGUUCCCACUAUCCUGAGUCAACCUAUGGUGAUUGGUUGAAAUUCAGAGGCCAUUGGGGUGAUAAAAAGAUCCCACCAAGCGAUAGUAGACAGGUUUGGUCUCCCUGGGAAUGGAAAUACAUUGAUGGUCCAAGAGGUCCCUUGAAUAAAAAUUUGAUCAGAACAAUAACAUGUCAAAGAUUUAAAUGGUGGAACUUUUGGAAUGGCUGCAAAAUAAACACCUACAUCAAAAUGGGCGAUGGUGUUGAAAGUGAAGGAGCAGCAAACUGUAGAGUUUUAAAUAAUAAAAUUCAAAAUGAUUUUUUCAGGUUUAUUUUAACUUAUGUUAGUUAUGGAGGAUGGUUGUGUUACUUUAUUGAUUAUUUCUGGGGCUAA